CGGCCCACGGCCAACAGCCGCCGGCACCGCUGCGCUAGCGGCGGCGGCGGUAGCAGCCGCUAACGCCGCCACCAACGCUACCAGCUCUGCGGAGGGGCGCGCCGUGACGGCGCCGGGGGCGCUGGCAGCGGCGGCGGCUCCACCGCAGCCGCCUCCCAUUCCGGAGCCGCGGCUGUGGCGCGGCAACCCGCUGGAUUUGAAGGCCGCCUUUCCUAAGGGCGAGAAGGUGUACAGGCUGGUGACGGAUGUUCAGGCUAAUGCGCGGGUACUCCGGGAAAUGGAGAAGGCCAUCACGCCGGUCGAGUUUCGGAGCCGGUUGCGGCGCGGUGUGGUGCUGUAA